UGUUUCCCCUUGGAUUAGAGAGAGAGGGAGAGAGAGGCUGUCUGCAUGACUGUGCCUGGUAAGGAGAUUGAACUGAAACAAAAUCAAGUGCAGAACAGAACGGAUCCGUGGAGGAAGGCUCACUUGGCAGAGAGCUGGGAGAAAGUUAAAGGACCUGCGUCGUAGCAGACUGAGACUUGCAGAUCACGUGACCUGCUCAGAAGCUCUAGGAAGCAUGGAUGUGGACAUCGAGGGGAUUAUCCAGCGCAUCAAGCAAGGGGACGAGAAUGGUGUUCAGAUCCAGCUGCAGCAGUUCAACAAAGAGAACGCUCAGUGCUUCUUCUUUGAUGCAGAGGAGAGGGAACGAAGACGUCAAAGGCAACUGGAAGAGUUCAAGAAGAACAAAGUGAGGGAUUACACCGAUUCUGACUCUGACAGCGAGGAGCUCGAGCAGGAAAACCGAAGCCUCAUCCUCAGACAGAAUUUAGCUGUUGUCCUCGUGAGAUUCAUCAGAACAGGAGUGAAGUGCCGCCUGCUGAGAGUGUCUCUGCGCUCCCUGAGGAUCCUGACCAGGGACAAAAAGAUCCUGGGCCACUUUGUGACCGACGCUGCCCUCCUGACUUUGGCUAAACUAGCCGGGCUGAUCACCAGCGACGCCAGCGACGAAUCCAGCGACACUGACUCUGAUUUCUACGACAGCGUCAUCGCUUCCCUCACAAAGGCCAAAGUGCUACAGGGUCGUUCUGAUGAGGACGAGGGUGAAGCCGAAGCCAUCGAUGGCGACUCCAGUUGUGACAUCAGCAACAUCAACAGUGAAGAUCCAGACAGCAACAGCUGGCUUGGGAGCCACAGGACCAGCAUCAAUGAGAUGCACAGAGGAGGCAGCCAUCAGAAGGCUCUGGAGCAAGGGAGGAAAGACCGCAGGGAGAGCAAGAUGGAUGCAGAGGAAGAGGAGGAUGAGGAGGGAGAGCUGGGGGAGGAGGCACAGAGGAAAGAGGCUAUGAAGGUGCUGUGUAAUGUGGUGUACAACAGUACCUGGGCCCAGGAGAGGUUCAGCUCUCUCAGGCUCCUGAGUGGUCUCAUCCAGAGUCUGUCCUCCAGUGUCAGCUCGUCGUCUCCUUCCAGUGUUCAGUUCUACGAGCUUCGCCUCAUGUUCCUCAUCACGGCACUGCGACCAGAGCUCAGCACUCAGCUUCAGCAGGAAGGAGGCGUACCCAUCCUCACCACUGCCUUGGAGAGUUGCCUGGAGGUCCAGUGGAAGGAGCAGCAUGAGUGUGUGCUGGACCCCGCGGCACCACCUAUCUCUCUGGAGGCCUCUCAGCGCAUCAUAGAGGUCCUGAAAAUCCUCUUCACCAUCACCUACAUCACACACAAGCAGGAACCAAGUGAGGAUGAUGCUGCUCUUUACCGCCACCUAGUGGCAAUUCUGCGUCUCUGCCUGAUGAGGAAGUGUAUGCUCCCAGAGGACACUGAUGAGCUUCAGGGUCACACAGUGAACCUGCUGUCAGCGCUGCCUCUCCAGUGUCUGGACGUGCUGCUCACUGUGCCUUUGCAGCCAGACUCCAAGCAGAGCCUGGGAGUCAACAUGGACUGUGUGCACGUGCUGCUGAUGUUCAUGGAGAGGCGUCUGGAGUUGGGAGAGAAGAUCAAAGAGAAGCUGACGCCCAUCCUCAACCUGCUGACAGAGAGCUGCAGGGCUCACAGAGAAACACGGCUGUACAUCAGGAAACAUAUCCUUCCUCCCCUGAGAGACGUGUCUCAAAGACCAGAGGAAGGCACCACAGUGAAGAGCCGCCUGGUUCGUCUCAUGACUCAUCUGGACACGGACCUUAAACACUGCGCCGCCGACCUGCUCUUUGUCCUCUGCAAGGAAAAUGUGAGGCGUUUUGUGAAGUACACAGGCUACGGUAACGCAGCGGGCCUGCUAGCCACCAGGGGGCUGCUUGGAGGUCAACGGGUAAGCAACUCCAGCUCAGAAGCCCACUACUCCAGUGACUCGGAUUCAGACACAGAAGAGUACCGGCAGGCCAAAGACCGCAUCAACCCGGUGACGGGGCGGGUGGAGGCCGAGCAGCCAGACCCCAUGGAGGGUAUGACGGAGGAGGAGAAGGAGGAGGAGGCCAAGAGGCUCAUCAUGCUCUUCAACAAGCUCUCCAGAGAGAACAUCAUCCAGCCAAUGGGAGUGGAUGAAGAAGGGAAGCUGGUCCCAAUGAAAGGCCUGGAGGAUAAUCCCGAGUCGGACUCGGACCAAGAAGAGAAGAAAUGAAACGAGUCAAACUGUUUACCUGAUUUAUUGGUUUUGUAAACAUUUAAGUGUGUCAGUGAAGGACAUUCCUUAAAAAACAAAAAGAACAGCCGUAACAUGACAGUGAGUCAAAUUCUGACUGAAACCAACCAUGUAGAGCAGCUUUCACACUGCUACGAGUUAAACGUGAAGUUAAGUAGUUUUUCCUGAGAAGAAAUAAGUUUGAUUAUUGUUGCAAUGUUUCAAUAAAGUCUACAAAGCUCGAA